AUGGGAGCAAUUUCUGACUCAGCAAGAAUCAUCGGCUAUCCUGGAACGGCCGAGUCAUGUGAUCCUGACAACGUCGAAUACAUCGCCAACUACAUUCCGGAAGAAAACAAGUUCGUCUGCGACGAGUCGGAGAACACCUCGUGCGAGAAUCAAGCGUGCUUGUGUGACGUUGAAGUGGCUCAGCAAAUGUUCAACAGCUUCACCACCGUCGACGACAGUUUCAUCAACGCGAAUGGCUUCGAUCACGCUGCCUCAUGUGUUCCAACGAGCAAUGCGGGAAAGAGGGAUUUGGAAUGUUGCGGGACUUUUCCGCACAGAUGGACUUACAAUACCGACGCGAGGGAGUGCUGCUCGGGAGUUAUCAGCGCUCUUGGAACUUGCUCGGACUACAACCCUCCUGAUAUUACUGUGGAGCCACCAACUGAUCCACCGACUGAUCCGCCAACAACAACGACUACUUCAACAACUGCCUCUAAUCCCUGUGAAAACGUCACGUGCAGCAACUACGGUACCUGCUACGUCGAUGCCUACAGUCAACCUUACUGUAUUUGCGACGAUGGCUGGAUGGGCGACAACUGUGCCACGCAAGUUUCCAAUUAUUUUGGAGCAAAGACGACUUGCACGGAGAAUGACGGGCGACGCGACCUUGCAAUUCUCCUCGACGUGUCGGGCAAAACCAAUCGCAAGACAGAUGUUUUCGAGUUUGUCAAGAAGAUCCGCCAGAGCAUCGAUCUCGCCAGCGUCAAGGUGUCGUUGACGACAUUCGCCAAUUCCGACGAAGAAGUCAUUUUCCCCGCCAAGUUCGUUUCUGCUGCGGAAAUCGACAGCAGCGUUGAUGGGUUAAAGUGGGGCGGAGAUAAGACGAAAACAAUGCUUGGUCUGAACACCGCGGCGAGAAGUCUUGACACAGAUGACGCUAUCGCCGAUAUGAUUUUAGUCAUUUCUGACGGUUGGGAAAGUGGAAACAUUGAGGGCGCACUGGGCGCAGCUAGCAAAGCCGCUUCAGCUGGAGUCACAGUUGUGGCCGCAGCCGUGGCGACUCCGUCAACGCGAACAAAGACCCAGGACCUGCUCGAGCCAGAGGUCGACUUUCUCGGCUCGCUGACCCAAGACGUCGCGGGCAACGUUUUCCAGCUUCGGCCAGACGCUGUCGACGCUGCCGUCUCUUCCUUCAUGGAGCUGUUCAAUGCCCUUCAGAAUUGCCAGAUUUCCUCCAACGCGGCCAAAGACGCCGCGCGAGUCUAUCUCGCUUCAAAAGUCGAGAUUCCGACAAAGGAGGCUUUCAACUUGCAGUCGACCGGAAGCAUGAUCGACUUCUUCGGCUACUUGCCUGACUGGGCGCAGAAAUCAUAA